AUCAGCCGACACGCCUGUGAGCUCUGACCUCUGCUCUGCAGUGUGCAAGUGCCACAGUUUCCCGCCACCUCAGCAGCUCACCUCCCUUUAUUAUGGCGAGAAAACCAGCGCACUUAACAGCUAACGCCACUCGCUCGGCAUCACUUGCAACAUACGUACGCUGCACCCGCAUCUCGUCGACUCUGCCAUGGCGCCGUCCAGCCGUUCCCGGCUCGAAGCAGCGGCGCAGCUCUUGCUGCUGGUGGUGAUGAGCGGCGUGUCGCGGGCGGCGCCGCCGCGGGUGCCGGCAGUGAUCGUGUUCGGGGACUCGACGGUGGACACGGGCAACAACAACCAGAUCCCCACAACGCUGCGCGCCGACUUCCCGCCGUACGGCCGGGACAUGCCGGGCGGCCCCCGCGCCACGGGCCGGUUCGGCAACGGCCGCCUGCCGCCGGACUUCAUCUCCGAGGCGUUCGGCCUGCCGCCGCUCGUUCCGGCCUACCUCGACCCGGCGUACGGCAUUGACGACUUCGCGCGCGGCGUCUGCUUUGCGUCCGCUGGCACCGGCAUCGACAACGCCACCGCCGGCGUCUUGUCAGUGAUCCCGCUGUGGAAGGAGGUGGAGUACUACAGGGAGUACCAGCGCCGGCUCCGCGCGCACGCCGGCGCCGCGCGCGCGCGUGCCAUCGUCCGGGGCGCGCUCCACGUCGUGAGCAUCGGCACCAACGACUUCCUCGAGAACUACUUCCUGCUCGCCACGGGCCGGUUCGCGCAGUUCACGGUGCCCGAGUUCGAGGACUUCCUCGUCGCCGGCGCGCGCCGGUUCCUCGCGCGGAUCCACCGCCUCGGCGCGCGCAGGGUCACCUUCGCCGGGCUCGCCGCCAUCGGCUGCCUGCCGCUGGAGCGCACCACCAACGUGCUCCGCGGCGGCGGGUGCGUCGAGGAGUACAACGAGGUGGCCAGGAGCUACAACGCCAAGGUGGAGGCCAUGGUGCGCGGCCUCCGGGACGAGUUCCCGCGACUCAAGCUCGCCUACAUCUCCGUCUACGACAACUUUGCCAACCUCAUCGCCAACCCGGCAAAAUUCGGGCUGGAGAACGUGGAGGAGGGGUGCUGCGCGACGGGCAAGUUCGAGAUGGGAUACAUGUGCGGCGGCGGCGCGGCGCUGACGUGCGACGACGCGGACAAGUUCCUCUUCUGGGACGCGUUCCAUCCCACGGAGAAGGUGAACCGGCUCAUGGCCAACCACACGCUCGAAGUCUGCUACCAACAGGGCCUCCUGUAAAGUGACGCAUCGAUACCUUGGAAUUCCCGGAGGAGAGGAAGAUUAGUAAUCAGAAAAGAUUAUAUUCGUUACUAAGUACAUUGUCAGAACCACAGAACAAAAGCAAAAACUAUGUGCAUUCCACCAUUUAAGAAAAAGAGUGUGUCUAGUCUGAAAUAGAAUUUUCAAAUCCAUAAGUCACCUAUUAUGAACUUUUGGAUCGCAAAUCUUGGAAUCAAUAUCAAUCCUCACUCCCACCUCUCUCAUUAACUCAACAAAUCUCCAAGUUCUGCA